AUGAGUGGCCAGAGGGACCCAACGGGAGCAGGAAAGGGCACCUCAUACCUGGAGGGAUCCCGGCGCUGGUUUCGCUCCGAUAUCAAAGAGCAUGUGAAGCAGCUGGAGAAGGCCGUGUCGGGGAAGGAGCCGCGCUACGUCCUGCGUGCCCUGCGGGCUCUGCCCUCCACCUCCCGCCGACUCAACUCCAACGUGCUGCACAAAGCCAUCAAUGGCUUCUUCACCUCCAACACCACCACGAGGGACUUCCUCCUCGGCUUCCUGGAGGAGUCCAUGGAGACAGAAGCAGAGCUGCAGUUUCGCCCACGGACGGGGAAAGCGGCCUCAGCCCCUCUCUUGCCAGAAGUGGAGACCUACCUCCAGCUGCUGCUCGUCAUCUACCUGAUGAACAGCAAGCGAUACCCGGAGGCUCAGAAAGUGUCCGAUGACCUGAUGCAGAAGAUCAGCUCCCAAAACCGCCGGGCCCUUGACCUGGUGGUGGCAAAAUGUUAUUACUACCACUCCCGCAUCUACGAAUUCCUGAAUAAACUCGACGUGGUCAGGAGGCGAAGGUUAAGAAAAGAACAAGAACUGACCCUCGCAAUGAUUGAGAUGAGCGGAGCGACGCUCCGGAAAGACGGAUCUGUUGUCUGUAAGGAAGAUGCCUUCUUGGCCAUAGCAGCCCUGUGCGUGUCUCUACGGCUCGGGCUGCACCCGAGAUGGAGGUUCCUCAGAGAACCCACUGGAGCAGCUGGAGAUGGAGCUUCCAGGCAGGAUUUGAAGCUCCAUCCGAGUGGGUCCAGUUGGAUUCACUCGGGGGCUUUUCAAGGGCGCAUCAAGGCCAUCCAGCUGGAGUACUCUGAGGCGAGGAGGACCAUGACGAACGCCCUGCGGAAGGCGCCGCAGCACACGGCCGUCGGCUUCAAGCAAACGGUGCACAAGCUGCUCAUCGUGGUGGAGCUGCUGCUCGGGGAGAUCCCGGACAGGCUCCAGUUCAGACAACCCUCCCUCAAGCGGUCGCUGAUGCCCUACUUCCUCCUCACCCAGGCCGUCAGGACUGGGAACCUGGCCAAGUUCAACCAAGUCCUUGAUCAGUUUGGGGACAAGUUCCAGGCUGAUGGCACCUACACCCUGAUCAUUCGUCUGAGGCACAACGUCAUCAAGACGGGUGUCCGGAUGAUCAGCCUCUCCUAUUCUCGCAUCUCCCUGGCUGAUAUCGCCCAGAAGCUGCAGCUGGACAGUCCAGAGGAUGCAGAGUUCAUCGUCGCCAAGGCCAUCCGGGACGGCGUGAUCGAGGCCAGCAUUAACCACGAGAAGGGCUACGUCCAGUCCAAGGAAAUGAUUGACAUUUACUCCACCCGGGAGCCCCAGCUGGCCUUCCACCAGCGCAUCUCCUUCUGCCUCGACAUCCACAACAUGUCUGUCAAGGCCAUGAGGUUCCCACCCAAAUCUUACAACAAGGACUUGGAAUCUGCAGAGGAGCGCCGGGAGCGCGAGCAGCAGGACCUGGAGUUCGCCAAGGAGAUGGCAGAGGACGACGAUGACGGUUUUCCGUGACCCUCUGGCCUGGCUGUAUUUUUUUAUUUCUCCCUUUAGGGAAGAUGCUGUCUGAGGGGAGCUCCCCCGUGCAGCCCCACCUCCCCCCCCCACCCUGUCUGCCUUUCUUUUAUAAAUACCUGCAUGUCUGUACCGUGGGAGGGGGACACGGGGGUUCCCCAGGGCCCACAGGCCCUGCUCUC